AUGCAAAGUGUAGCGGAACCCCGGGUUGCUGAAGGGCUCGCAAUCAAAUGGGACCUUCAAACUUCGCAUCAGCUGAAGCUUCAGAAGAUCAUAGUUCAAUCGGAUGCGCUAGGAGUAGUGGACUGUAUGAACCAUAUUGCAUUUUCUGAGGUGCUAGAACCUAUAAUGUUGGACUGUACUGAGUUAGUUAAUUUGUUUUCCUUUGUUUCAGUUAUGUUUAUUAGGAGAAACUGUAAUGUUGAUGUCCACCAUCUGAUUAGAAUAUGCAAAACUGUUGGCUGUAACUUGGAUGGAUUGUAUCCCCGAGCUGAACACUUAUUCUGUCUCUUUGCAUGUUGUUGGCUUUUAAUGAUGUUGUGUUUGCAUAAAAAAUAA